AUCGAAUUCGACGCAAAAAACCAUGUUGGUCUGGCAAGAUAUUUUCACGGAAGACGAAGUCGUCUCGGACUCGCACAAGGUCGUUGACGCCAAGGAUGCUGAGGGCAACAUCGUCCCCGGCAUGCUCAUGGUCACCUCCAAGACGGUCUCCAAGGGCGGCCUCAACAUCGAUGUCGGCUGCGGCGACGCCUUCGGCGGCGGCGACCAGGACGUCGACGACUCGGUCGAAACGGUCAACAACAUCAUCGACGAGUCGGUCGGCUUCGGCUACACGGAGACGGGUUUCGACUCGAAGGCCGACAUGAAGGCGUACCUGAAGGGCUACUUCCGCAAGAUCAUGAAGCACCUCAAGUCGACGGGCGCCAGCGACGAGAAGCUCGAUGAGUUCAAGUCGGACGCGCAGGAGAUCGUCAAGUACCUCACGUCGCAGUUCAGCGAGCUCCAGUUCUACAUGUUCCGCGCCAUGGACACUGAGGCCGGCAUGGCCUACUCGUACUACCCCGAGGGCGCCCUCGCCCCGGUCUUCCUCUACAUCAAGUGGGGCCUCAAGGAAGUCAAGUUCUAAGUGCGACCGCUUGUCCAUAGUGCUAUAAUACACACUCGAUAACAGUCGCUCGUAGAGCGCUUUUUUAUACUGCUA